AUCCACAUCUCAGUACGCUAUUGUUCUGUGUACCGAAAAAUCCGGUUGUUGGUGGUGUGAAGAGAGGGGUAGAUUUGGGAAGAUUUAGCUUUUUUGAUUCGUCAAACAUCAGAGGCACCUCAUCACAAUGAAGUUAAUAACAUACGCAGCGAAUAUGUUUCUGGUAAUCAUCCUUUUCCUCAUGCACGAGGUGGCAAAAUGUGCAGGAAUUGAAGUUAUUUAUGCGGUGAACAGCGGUGGGCCAGCGCACGUAGACAUGUACGGAACACACUACCAGGAAGACCCCCUGACCAUCGGCAUCCCUUCAGACUACGGGAAGAGUAUGCCGAUAGCGAGGGUUCCACCAAGUGAUGCCAUCCUCUAUCAGACGGAGCGCUACCAUCUCUCGACAUUUGGCUAUGAUAUUCCAAUCAAGGAAGAUGGCGAAUAUGUUCUGGUUCUCAAGUUUUGUGAAGUUUGGUUUACAUCUUCAAGAAUGAAGGUAUUUGACGUGGUCUUGAAUGAGCAGCAUAGGGUCGUUCCAGACUUGGAUAUCUACCAGAAGGUCGGCCGAGGAACAGCCCACGACGAGUAUGUCACCUUCACAGUCAGCAAGAGCAAAAUCAAGGUUCAGGGAGAGGUCUCCACCCUGAGUGGCUAUCUCCGAGUGGAAUUCCAAAAGGGUGAUCUAGACAACCCCAAAAUCAACGCACUUGUUGUACAAGGAACGUUGGAUGAGGUUCCUAGAUUAGCACCAUUUCCUGGUCUCGAGGAACCUGACGAUGAAGGCGAUGACGAUGACGAGAUUGAGAAGGACGAGGACGAUGCUCCUAAGGUGAUCACCAAGGCCAAAUAUAAGUCUGGUCCUAAAGCUGUCGAUCCUUACGCAGCUGAUGAAACGAGCUUCUUAUUCCCAGUACUUAUAGCAAUAGCAAUUUUCAUCCCUACCCUUUUCUGUCUGUGUAGAUUAUAAUGCAUAGCUGUUGUAGUUCUCGACAAUUUAUCUAAGGUACCAGCAGUAGCUGUGAAUACACUGCUGCUGGUUAUUUCACAGGCAAAUGUACUUGGAAUUUUCCACGAGGAUUGUUGAUUGCCUGAUGUCUGUGAAAUUGUGAUUUACAUAACUGAAACCUUUUAAAAGUACUGCUAACCCUUAUUUAAAUGUGUGUAAUUCGAUUGCGCAAUGAUAGGAGCAGAGAUGAUGUUUUCUCUGCUAGUAUUGGGCCAUUUGUAUUUCCUAUUUUGUACUUUGAGAAUAUCAGAAACGGAACAAUAUGGUGAAGGUAUGUAUAUUUAAUUCUAUUGGCUCAUUCUCUCCAAAUGAUGUACUUUUAUUGGGUAUAAUGGAAUUUGGAAAAUGAAAAUGAAUAUACUUUUUUUAUUAAUAUGCAAACUUUUAUAAGUUGUGCAGCAGAAGGGUUAUAUAUUUGCGAGGAAAUAUAUCAAAUCUACAUUGCAUGUCCUUUGAAAUUGAUGUUGUUUGUGUGUGUAUGUACUAUGAAUGGUUUAGUGGGUGGAUUUAGUGAAAUAUUCGUUUUUUCAUGAUCAUUGUUGUGUAUGUAAUGUUGGAAAAGUCCUCCAAAAUGGGAAUACUGCAAUGUCUUUCCCUCAUUUAUCCAUCCCCUUGGAUUAUAAAAAAAGGUUGUGGUUUACCUAUGAUUAAUAAUAUGUAAAACAGCUGGUCCAGAUGUUUCAAACAAGGCUCUGUAAAAAGUCCCUAUUUUAAGUGAAAAUGUACCUUUUCUGAAAGAAAUACUGGUACAUUGUUUUUCACAAAACUGUGAAUGGAUAAAAAUUAAUUCAAAAAAUAAAAUAAUCAGCCACACCUACUAAAUCCCCAAAUUGCUUGAAUUUUUAAUUGAAAUGUUGAAGACCCACUUGUUUUCAAUAGUCUUUUAAUAUACUUUGGGUUGUGUAUCCAUAAAGUAGCACUGUAAGGAUUUUGUUUUCCACCACAGCACAAUAGAGUAUAUACAGUAGAGCUGCACUAUAAUAAAUACAGUCGAACCUGUCUUAGUGGCCAGUGGCCACCUCUAGGAAGAAACGUGUGUUGUAAAACCUGUUUAGAAAAGUCACCUGUCUACAGUGGCCUGUUUCCCUUGGGUGGCCCUUGCACAAGGCUUUAGUUUAGUGGGUUCUUA